UUUUGUUCGGUUCCUGCCCGUGAUUCGGCUCCCUGAUCCCCCGUAGCGAGCAGCCGGGGCGCUACAAUUGUCAGUUUCGUUACUGUGCCGCUUUUUAACGUUUGUUUUCGGCUCCAUGUUGAAGUUUUUUGCGUGCAGAGACACAGAUUCUCGUAGCCGCAGACACUGUUAGCCCAUACUACUCUCACUUCACACACACACGCACACACUCACACAGUGCACACGCAGACACGCGCGCAGCUCUCGCCUGAUUUGCACCAGCGCGGGUCAUUUUAGGUUAAACCCUGGCGCUGUGUCCCGUUCAGUUUAGCCGACGGAGAUCAUCACUGGUUCCAGUUGAGGAGGAAUGCACAGGCACUGGGACUCCAAAUAAUAUUGGGAAAGGAUCUCGUCUUGCAUAUGCGACUCUCUGUGGACCUGUAUGUAUGAUUGCGCAGAAGAACACAGGUGUUUCUCUGGGGGAGCUCAGCAGCUCCUCAGUGCUGCCUGGAGUCAGACUUCACCACUUCCUCUGCUAGGUGCCCAGAUGUCUGAGGAGGCUCUGAGGAUGACGACUUGGCCUUAGAACCCCACCAGUAUGUCAGAGCCAGCAGAAAAUUGCUCCCCCCGCUGGAAAGAUGAGGCCAUUCAAAAUGGGUACAUUCCAAGUUACCUGGACAAGGAUGAGCUAUGUGUAGUGUGCGGGGACAAAGCCACAGGCUAUCACUAUCGCUGCAUUACCUGUGAAGGGUGCAAGGGCUUCUUCAGGCGAACCAUCCAGAAGAACCUCAACCCGACCUACGCUUGUAAGUACGAGGGGAAAUGUGUCAUCGACAAAGUGACCAGGAACCAGUGCCAGGAAUGUCGCUUCAAGAAGUGCAUUGUGGUGGGAAUGGCAACCGACUUGGUGUUGGACGACAGCAAGAGGCUGGCCAAGCGGAAACUAAUCGAGGAGAACCGGGAGCGCCGUCGGAAGGAGGAACUGCAAAAGACAGUGUGGGACCGACAGGAGCCCACCCAGGAGGAGUGGGACCUGAUCCGUAUGGUGACUGAGGCCCAUAUGGCCACAAACGCACAGGGCAACCACUGGAAGCAGAAGCGGAAAUUCCUGAGUGCAGCGGGGGUGAAGGAAACUAAGCCUGAGGAAAUUGGUCAAGCGUCCAUGGUCAAUACGCCUGAAGGAAACAAAGUGGAUAUAGAAGCCUUCAGUCAGUUUACAAAAAUUAUCACCCCUGCCAUAACCCGAGUGGUGGACUUUGCCAAAAAACUGCCUAUGUUUUGUGAGCUGCCUUGUGAAGACCAGAUCAUCCUGUUGAAAGGCUGUUGCAUGGAGAUCAUGUCACUGCGAGCUGCCGUUCGCUAUGACCCAGAGAGCGAGACCCUCACGCUCAAUGGCGAGAUGGCAGUCACGCGAGGUCAGCUUAAGAACGGAGGCUUGGGAGUAGUCUCGGAUGCCAUUUUUGACCUUGGCGUGUCGCUGUCCUCCUUUAACUUGGAUGACUCUGAGGUGGCUCUUCUACAGGCUGUCAUCCUGCUUUCAUCUGAUCGGCCGGGCCUGAGUAGCGUGGAGCGAAUUGAACGCUGCCAAGAGGAGUUCCUGCUGGCCUUUGAACAUUACAUCAACUACCGCAAACACAAAGUGGCGCAUUUCUGGCCCAAGCUGCUAAUGAAGGUGACGGACCUGCGGAUGAUCGGCGCCUGCCACGCCAGCCGAUUCCUUCACAUGAAAGUGGAGUGUCCCACCGAGUUAUUCCCUCCUCUCUUCCUGGAGGUCUUCGAGGACUGACCAAUGGAUUCUAGUGGAUGUGUGUGUGUGCAUGUAUGUGUGUGUGUGUAAGUAUGUGUGUGCAUACGUCAGCGCCUGGGCACCCUGGUGGUCUCAGGGGUGGAACCAGCAGAAGGCCCGUCACAAUGAACUUUCUAAUAGCACUACUGAGUGUCACUUCAUUCCAUAGUUUAGGAGUAGCUCUCUGGUCUAGUUUUGGAUGGAACCAUUCCUUACAGUGCGGGUACAUGUGAAUAGCAUUUUGCUCUUUUUUUUUUUUUUGGUUUUGUUGUUAAUGUUGUGGAUAUAACCUCUCACCUCGGAUUUUACUAUAGUUUUUUUUUUGUGUUGAUGAUUGUACAGUUGGCAUAAUGGUGAUUUUAUCAACACUUGUUCAUUCAUUAGAAACCAUGCAAA